AUGUCAUUGACACGCGAACAAGUCCUCUUCUCCGACCUGGCCAAGGCAAUGAAGAAGACCGUGGCCAGGCAAGCCAACGAAUCCGACUCCGACUCCGAAAUCCAACAGACGACCAAUCGCGGGAACAAGCUGAAGAAGAGGGCAAGCAUCGACAGCGACGAUGACGAACAACAUGUACAAGACGCAAUUGCCGCUGCGGCUGAGGGCGAUCCCUAUUCCUCAAUUCAUCUCGAGCAACUCCUCGCGCCUCUUACAGCCGUCACAGACCUUCCUGCCCAUCCCACACUCUCGAGACCUUUCAAGUCGACAGCCCUGAAGGAAUUGACGAACCAGGCGUGUGAUCUCAUGCACAAAGAGAAUGAAGCACUGUGGAAAGUGCGACCACUUUUGACCAGGCUCAGCGGAGACCAUACCUGGGUGACACCCGAAAUGAUGUUGGGCACCGACGACCAAGAAAUGUUUAGGAACAGCUUUACAUCACGCACACUGAAGCGCAAAAGAUCGCAGGAAGCGGAAGCUGAGGGCGCCUCGAGUCCGAACAUCAAUGGCGACAGCACAGUUCGACCUUCUGUGAAUGGAGAUCAUAACCAGGCUGUUCAAGGGGAGGCUGUGACGAACGAGAAAGUAGAUACGUCAGCCGAGGACGUGACAAUGACGAACAGCGACGGCAAUGUACCGGGCAAGACCGAACCGGAGAAAGGCACCCACGACGCAUCAGUGGCCAUCAACGGGGAACAGGGCACAGAAAAGGAGGUUACCAAUGGGGCCAAAGUGGACGAGGCUAACGGCAUUUCGGCGAAGCAAAAAGGAAAACAACCAGGGACAAGGCAGGACCCAGCAGAUGACGACGUUGCCAUGCUGGAUGGGAGCGCUGCGUCUGGUCUCGGUGCACAAUCUAAUCACAACGGCAGCCGAGCUGCGUCCCCUUCAGCAGCAUCCAUCGGCGAUUCUUUUAUACAUCCAAUAUUCCUUGCACCCAAAUUUGCCCAUCCCGACCGCGACCUAGGGCUUCCGGAGCAAGAGGCGGAGGAUGUUCGCCGGCUCCUCCAGCUAUACGUGCAGAAACAGGAGGAGGUAUGCCGCGGUACUGAAAAGCUGUACCAUGGCCUUCUCAGGGCAGACCGUAUGCGGAAGACUGUGCUGGAGUGGUCCAAGUCCGAGGCGCACGUUGGGGAACUGUCCGACGGCGAGGACUGGUAUGACAAGGAGGAAUGGGGCCUGACGGAGGACCUGAAGAAAGGCCAGGACGAGGAAGAAGAGGACACGACGCAGACCCAGAAGAAGACUAGGAAUCGGAAGUAG